GACAUCGAAAUUUGAUAGUAUCAAUGCAACCUUUCAAAGCCUUGUUCCUCUCUCUAUAUAUACCAUCUCCUCCACAACCUUACCAUCUCGUAAACAAAAGCCAUUAGGCAUACCACAUUCUGCAUUGUAAUAAUGGCUUUGAAAGCUAGCUUGCUCUUCUUGUUUGCUUGUUUCCUUCUUGUCAUUACCACGGUUAUGUCUAUUGAGGAGGAAACCAUCCGUGAGGCCCCUGCCCAUGCUCCAGAGAAGGCUUCUCAUCCUCCAGAGAAGUCUCAUGAACAUCACCACCGCUAUAAUCAUCAUGCACCACAGAAGGCUCCUUACCCUCCAGAGAAGGCACCGGAACCAGAGAAGUCUCAUCAUCAUCACCACCAUCAUCAUCAUGCCCCAGAGAAAGCUCCAGCUCCAGAAAAGUCUCAUCAUCAUCAUGCCCCAGAGAAGUCUCAUCAUCAUCAUGCUCCAGAGAAAGCUCCAGCUCCUAAGAAUUCUCAUCAUCAUCAUACCCCAGAGAAAGCUCCAGCUCCGGAGAAGUCUUAUCAUCAUUAUGCCCCAGAGAAGACUCCACAGCCUCCAAAGAAGGCUCCAGCCCCUAUCCAUGGCUAAUCUUCAGGAACUUCUGGUAACAUGGACCAGUGCCACAGCUGGGAUUAUGUGGGGAAAAGGUCGAUUGCCUUUUUAUCAAUUGAAUCCAAAACGUCUUUUAUAGAUUAUAGUAGUAUUAAUUUCCCAUCAUCAGAGCAGAAUAAUUUCUCCAUUUGUUCAUUUAAGCAUGUUGUUAGGCCGCUGCCUUGUAUUCUAUAUGUUGCCAUCUGAGUUUCAAGGGACAUUGCCCUUUAUUAAUAAAGUUUGCUUGAAACA